UACGGGGCGAGGACGUCAUCUGAAUAAUGGGGAGAAUCUGAGGAAAGAUACGGCCAAUUCAAAACUUGAUUCGACAAACGAAGAUAAUAUAGCGAAUUCGGAAAAAUUCAGAAAUACUUUCCGGCAGAGAACCAAGAACGUUGAAAUUGUUGCUCCUACCGCGUCAACUUCAACACUCACUAGAGGAACCAGCUCCUAUAAGAGCAAUGGAAAUGAGGCGAUGCUAAAAGCCAGGAAAGCGCAACGUGAAGCUGCGGAAAGAGCAAUGUCACAGUCGGGCAGUUCUCUCUCUUCAAGAGCAUCCUUGCUUUCUGUGCGGCCACAGCUUUUGCAGAAAUCUAUUCAAGAGAGUUCGGCAAAGACCAAACCAGACUCGGCACAAAAUUUGAGAGCAGCCAAAAAAUUGGCCGAAGCUGAAACAGCUUCAACAACAGCAUCACAAGAGAACGAAGAACCGCUGAUAUUUGUGACGCCGAAUCCAAAUCAAGAAGCUGCAAUGAGGAGAGGGAACAAUCGAAAGGUGAAACUAGAAAACAGAUUUACCGCCACCCAGCUCAGGAACACGUUCAGGGAAACACCGUUCACUAGAACCAGCAAAGAAGAAGUGAAAACACCGUUCACUAGAACCAGCAAAGAAGAAGUGCAGGCAACGCCAACAAUUGACUACACUGAGAACAAAUCAGAAGAGUCAAGCGAACCGUCAAAACCAAGGAGGAGCUAUUCCAGGAGAGAUGAUUCCAACAAAGUGAUCAAAGAAUUCAAAAUCAGGCCCACUGUUGAAGUAGAAACUGAAAAACCGAAAUUUGUACCGGGAAAGAAAAAGGAUCAAGAUAUUGCUGAUUCAUCGGAGGAUUAUAGUGAAAAUGGAGAAGUGAAAAUACCUGGCAAACUCCGAUACCAUCUCUAUGAGGCAACUAACAGAAAGAAGCUGGUUUACCAACAGCUCAAACCUGAAACAACUACUCAGGCUGUCAAAGAGCUUCCAAAGAAAGUGCCCAAAGGCUACGCGAAGACGCCGCGGAUCCCGCGUGCGUCGACGACGACAACAGUGAAGCCGACUCCGUCCGAAUCGCUGGCGGCCAAACUGAACGCACGUCGCCUGCGGCAGCAGCAGAGAGAGACGCAGGAGACGCAGCGAGUGACCGCUACUGUCGCUGAAGAGCCAAGGGUGACCGCCACUGUCGCUGAAGAGCCCACCAUUGUCUUCAUCACCAAUCCGCCUCCCAGUCCUCCUGAGUCAGACAGUUUGGUUUUGGAACAAUCGAUGAUGACCUUUCCAACAACGGAGACCGUUUUCAUUGUGACUCCAGAGGCGCCUACCACCCUCCCCAUCGACAUGAUGACAACUCCUGUCGAGUAUUUCACAACUGUGAGGCCAUCUUCCACUUCUACAACGACAACUACUACCCCUUCCCCGCCAACAACAACGACUGUUAGAACGACGACAACAACAACUACAACAACUACUCCUAGAACAACGACUACUCCUAGAACGACAACAACUCCUAGAAUGACAACGACUCCUAGAACGACAACAACUGCUAGAACAACAACUUCUACAACAACGGCAAGAACAACAUCUACUGAACAACCAACGUCAACAGUCGAGUCACUUGCUUUGGCGAAUGAAAUUGAUGUUGCACAGUCGGAAGGUAGCACGGCAGCCUCCACACCGUCUUCACUGCCAGCUUCAACUGAAUCCAGCUCUGGCACUAGCACACAAACACUGGCGUCCACUGAGACAACCACUCAACUGACUAAUACCACUAAUGACUUGACCAGUUCUAAACCGAUGACAGUUUCUACAACAGUUAAGCCCAAACCGACAACUGUCAAAUCUAAACCAAAAUCAAAACCCACUCAAAAACCUAAACCUAAAACGGUACCUACUACUGUAAAGAUUACAACACCUCCCUCUACUACUACACAAUCCUCCACAACGGAAUCAACUACUAUGAUGUUCAGUUCUACUCCACUUUCAACUACCGUUGAAUCAACUACUAUGAUGUCCUCUAGUACUACUCCACUUUCAACGACCGUUGAAUCAACUACUAUGAUGUCUAGUAGUUCUGCUCCACUUUCAACUACCGUUGAAUCAACUACUACGAUGUCCUCUAGUUCUACUCCACUUUCAACGACCGUUGAAACGAGUACUUUCAGUUUAGCAUCUCUAGUUUUAACUACACCUAAAGCUACAGCUGCUCCUAAGCAGGCUCAAACUAAACCUCCAGCUAAAGUGACAACUAAGAAACCUAGUACACUUAAUAAACUGAAAUCUUCUCCCAAACCAAAGGAAGUCAAACCAGUAGAAUCGAAAAUGACUAAUAGUUCUCAGAGUGUGUUGAGUAUGUCAUCAGUUAAUAAGCAGGAAUCUUCCCCCAAACCCAAGGAAGUCAAACCAGUAGAAUUGAAAAUGACUAAUAGUUCAGAGAGUGUGUUUACUAUGUCACAGGGGCAGAAAUUGACGACUAAUAGUAACGAAACUAAUGCAAUAACACCAGAACUGACCACUACUAAAAGCAUAACAUCAUCGACAAUGACGCCUAUGCCGUGGGUGGUGCCUGAAGAUGACUUGUCGGUUGUGGACGAUUCAAGCAGCGAUUUUUUCGUUUAUGGCCUGCUGCCAAACAAGAGCCUGGUGCGGAGGGUGCCGAGCGCCGCGCCUCGCACCGAGCUUCCGUUCGUGGUGUACGGCCUCUAUCCGAACGGCACCAUCGUCAAGCGGUUUCCGAACGGCACCGUGAUUCCGGACGAGCCACGCGACACCAAUCAGCUGGUCGCUGCCAAUGUGGAGCCUGGUGAUCGGUUCGCCAUCAGCGAACUGCUAGAGCGCGACAGGCCGCCUCCUCGGCGAACAACUACCACCACCACCACCACCACCACUACCACAACCGAGCCAACCGUUAUGAUGACUGCUCAACAGACUUCUCCAAUUCUCACCACUUUACCAACACCAGAUACAAUGUUAUUUACAACCAUGCCAUCUACCACCCCUAGCACAACAACAUCUACAACAACAACAACAACUACACCUUCCCCUCCUCCUCCGCCACCUCCUCCACCUUCUACCACGACAACUAAAAAGCCAACUCCUAAACCUACACCGAAAGCUACACCCAAACCUACACCGAAAGCUACUCCUAAACCUACACCGAAAGCUACUCCUAAACCUACACCAAAACCAACUCAAAAACCUCCACCACCCACAACAAAGCCUACACAAACCACCACACCAAUGCUUAGAACAAGUCCAAUCACAACCACUACUCCAAAACCUAUCACUACACCAAAACCUACCACUACACAAAAACCAACCACUACACCAAAACCAUCCACUACACCAAAACCAACCACUACACCAAAACCAACCACUAAUAAACCAGCGGCGACUAGUAAAAAGCCAAGUCCAUCGUCCACACAAAAACCUAAAACAACUCCAAAACGGCCCUCAAAGGGCUCCACUGGAAAAACCACAACUACUAAAAAACCAAAACAACAAAUCACAACACCGACCACCACAACUACGCUUUCCACCACACAAUCACAAACAACUGCAUCACUUGUUCAGGCAACAAGAAUCGCUGACGAGUUUGCUCUUCUCAACUCUUUGUUGAAACUGCCUGAUGAGUCUGCAAAUGCUAAUAGCAUUGCUCCAGAGUUUAUGUCAAGUACACCGGGCAUGGAUGAUGAUUCAUUAGCUAACAGGAUAAUUCAGUUGGCAAUCGAACGAGCAGGUCCUAGCUCCGGGCCUCCCACUCCAGCGUCAGCUCUUGUCACACUAGGAGCAACACAGGCUGCUAAUAUAGAGGAAAUAUCAGCUAAUUCAAUUGCUCCGAGUGCUUCGCCAUCCCCCAAUUUGGAUAAUACGAUGUCUCCAUCGAAGCCAGGGGGCAAAAUAUCGGUAUGGGUUGUACCAAGCAAAGAAAUGUCGGGCACCGGAGCAACUACUAAAACAACCACACCAGUCGCUAAGUUGACUGCACAAGAGGAGCAAGUGCUCAACGUGUUAUUGAAUUCUCCGAGCUCAACCACUGCCAACUUGAGAGAUCCACUUGAUGAAUCAAUUUAA